UGGCGCGCGACUGUGUUUACGUUUUAGACGACCCAGGACACGUUGGAGAGAUUAUGUCUCCCCGCUGGUCUCGGAACGCCCCGGGACCCCCCCGGAAGAGCUGGAUGAAGUGGCAGGGCAAAGGGAAGUCCGGGCGUCCCUGCUAAAGCUACUGCCGCCGUGACCCGACCUCGGAUAACUGGAAGAAAAUGGAUGGGUGACCAAAACAACAGCUUUCACGCAUUGUAUUAUUUGCCUGGUACUGUCUGCCCAAACGUGGAUAUUCCAGUCCACUUACUUAAGUUGAGAAAACAGCUUGUGGUGGCACUGACACACUGAAGACAGAGGGUUGUCCACCCCUCAGCAUGAUCAUUAAGGACACUGUCCGCCAUAAUAAGUGAGUACAUCAGGAUGACCGAGGGCCAACUGCCAGGAGGAGAAAUCGACGCAGUCGAGGCCGAUGUCGUCAUCCACGCUGUCCACCUUGUGGCAAGCACGGACAAGGCCCGAGAUAUACAUCCAGGUUUUGUCCAAGGGUUGUUGGGGGAUGACCCAGACUUCAACGUCCCUACAGUUUUUGAGAAGGAAUACCUGCUGGAUGGAAGACUGAUAACUGAAAAUAACGAUAGCCAUUGUCAAAAAGGUAACGGCUCAUACAUGGCAAAUUCAAAUAAGCUUAAUCUCUCCCCAAAAAAGAACGAGCUCGACUUUCCAUCUCAUGUUGACUCUAGUGUGUCACACAUACAGUCAAACUGUGCAAGCAGUCAAAUCCCCAAUGGCGCAAGAGCGAAAGAGUCACGCUUUGCCGGUUCUAAACCAGAAAUGGAUCAAUCACACCCAUCAUGCAACCCCGAGGGCAGCACAGUUGCGGUCGAUUCAUUAUCUGACAGAAGUGAGCCUGAUUUAGUCAUCGAAGUUGGCGGUCAGACGAUCAAUGCUCACAAGUCAGUCCUGGCGGAAAAGAGCGACUACUUUAAAGCUCGGCUGUCGCGAAACAUCCUCAAAGUGAAGGGCAUGAGCUACAAGACUUUGUCAACCCUGAUCGACUAUGUUUACACUUCCCAGAUGAGUGUUUCUAAGGACAAUGUCGUAGAUGUCAUCACAGGGGCCAAAAUCCUCCAGAUCCCUUGUGCCGUCCAGGCAGCGAUGGACCGCAUGACCGAACAAAUCACUGCGGGGAACUGCUACGAGAUUCUGAGCAUCGCCAAAAAGCAGCGACUUAGUGAACUGAAGGAGACCGCCUACGGGUUCAUGAGCGAUAACUUCCUCCAGAUCCUCAAGGACCCCUGUGUGUACGGGCGUCUGACCGGGUCCGAGCGCGAUCUGGUCCUGAAGAAGAGAAUGGAUGGGAGGAAGACUCUCAUGGCUGCCGAGAUAAACGACGUGUUUGAACGCGUCGGGAGCCGACCGCCGAGUCGCUGCGGAAGCCGUCCGCAGAGCCCCUUGUCCGUAGGGUCUCUGGAGGAGAGUCACACCAUCUACUCCUUCAGCAAAGAGGCUAAUGACUGGAGAGCUUUGACAGCCAUGCCUGAGGACGUCAACACUAAAGGCUGUGGAAUCUGUACUAUGUACAACUACCUGUUUGUGGCAGGUGGGAUAAAGGGCUAUGGGGACAAGGGGAGGGUAUCAGACAAGGUCUUCUGUUACAACCCCAAAACAAACCACUGGACAGAGAUCCGACCCAUGACGCAGGCUCGUGCCCAGCUAAAGCUGGUGUCCAUGGACGGGUACCUGUAUGCCGUCGGAGGGGAGUGUUUGUUUACCGUGGAAAAAUAUGACCCUCGUAUGGACCGCUGGACCGCGGUGGCCCCUUUGCCGAAGGGAGCCUUCGCGGUAGCUCACGAGGCCACGACCUGCAACGGGGAGCUUUACGUGUCCGGGGGCUCGCUCUUCUACCGCCUCCUCAAGUACGACACCAAGAGAAACGAGUGGCAGGAGUGCCCGUACAACAACAGCAGGAAGAAGUCCACAGAUAUGGUGGCGCUGAAGAGUUUCAUCUACCGCUUCGACGUGACCCGCGAGCAGGGGAUCAACGUGUUCAAAUACAACAGCAUAGUGAAAAUGUGGCACGACUGUGCGUCGCAAAGGCUCGGCAGCUCGUUGCCGUUUAGGUGUGCCGUCGUAGGCAACUGCAUCUACUGUGUGAACAAAAGCCAGACUCUUCAGUUUGUGGUCGAGGAGGAGAACGCCUUCUUUGUGGAGGAGCCGCUGAGGGCGCCUCUCGAAGCCAAAGGCGUUCUCUUCCCUUUUGUGCUCACUUUGCCUGAAAAGCCUGAGAAAGUUCCGGCCGGGUGCAAUCCAGAGUUACAAAACUAAAAAGCAGACCACCGUAUUCGCUUUCUCUAGCGUGGCAUCUGUCUGUAUCAGUGUGUCAUUGCCUGUUUCCAACUGAAUGUGUGUAUUGCAUGGCAAUUUAAUGUUUCGACAGAGGCAAGCCUUAAAAAGGGAACUUUCAGUAUUGAGUGAAUGCAACAAUAUUAGUAUGAUGGAAGUGAGAGUAGAUGAGUACUUCUGGCUGGUGUUGUUUGGUGCACUUUGGUGUUUGGAUCGGAUGUUAUUGACACCGUGUGGACUUAUUGAUAUUUGGCUGCAAAAUGUGCCGAUGAUGUGCCCGUGUGAUGUGGUUUCUAUGCAAAUGAAACAGCUGUAGGGCUUCACUAUUGAUAACUGGAAUGUCAUUGAAUGCAUACAGAGCAGUAUUUUGUACAACCUGAAAGGGGCUAGGUCAUUAUAUCCACCCACCAUCCUCUUUCGAUACAGUCGUCAUUGGAGUCCUAAGUGAGUGGGCUUUCACUACCCUGGACUGGUCGCCAGCCAAUCUCAGAAGUCACAUUUUAAACAUUGGCAAAAGUUACUAUAAAGCUCACAGAUGCUAAGUAUUUCACAAUUAUUGUGGAAAUGUAACUUUUUAUGCUAAUUAAAAUUCAGGAUCUCAAUUAAUUUAGGAUCAUCGGUCAUGGGCUUCAAGUGUUGGAGCUGUUUUUCAUAGAAAAAAAACAUCUAUUCAUCUUUUUUCAAUAGCGUUUGUCCUCAUAACGGUCACGGAAGAGCUGGAGCCUGUCCAAGCUGCAGCCAAUUGUAAUGCAUAUACAGUGAACCCCUGCUAUUCGCGUGGGGGAUGGGGACCAAAUCCUGCUACGACUAGCGAAAAUCUGCGAAUAAUUAACGUACCCCCAAAAGGAACUUGUAAUAGCGUAUAGAUGCCACAAGAUGGUGACGAAGCACUUAAAACGGAGUGGAUCGUUACGCAUCAACACCAUGCACCAUCGAGCAUGUACACAAUCAUGAACUCGUGUUACAUAAACAACUGUAUUCAGUAGUUAAAUUAUUAUUCACAAACAAAACACCUUUACGUGAGGAUCAUCAAUUGUAUGAGCUAGCCUAAAGAACAUGCUAGCUCAAACUGGAGACGUCGCACAUGGGCAAACAAAUAUGUGCACUAGCACUACACACAAACGGUAUCCAGUCAUGAAACUCUCCUUUUUACACACAAAAAGAAAUAUGUUAAUGAAUACAGACAAUUCUAACAACAAUGUAGACUAAACAAGAUGUUUAUCAGUAGCUGCAGCGGGACAGAAGCACAAACAUACUUUCACUUUUGGCUGUGCAUGAGGUCCAAUCAUGUACCUCGAACAAAACUCGACAUCUCAAAAAACAUUAUCAAUAAAUUAAACUUAACAAACACACCAAGAUUCUACCAGAUGUUGCCAAAAUAAUACAAACUUUGAACUUGAAUUGCUUUGGCCUGAACACAAAAACGGCAAACAGUUGAGAAAAUCUGUGCAUGCAAAUUUACAUUUAUUGAACUGCCAUCUAGUGAAAGUUCGAUUUUUUUUUAAAGAAAACUUUUGCUUUAGUUCAUCAUCUACUGUUCGAAUCGUAACUAUUAAUAGUGAUUGUAUAUAAACGCAAAAACCUAUAAGUCGCAGGUAUUUGGAACUGAAGAUGAAUACCAAUGUAAUAAUUCUCAAAAUCAUCCCCCGCCACCACAAUGUCUUAUGUAUUUUUCCACUUUCAUAUUCCUGCUGCAGACCUGGUGGAACCACCAAUCUGCUGUGUGUUUGACACCGCUGAUAUAAAACAACCAUUCAAAAUCUUCAGUGAACCAAACAUGCAUGUUUUACGAAUGCGGGACGAAGCCAGAGUACCGGUCCGGGAGAAAACCCACCCGAGCGUGGGGAGAACCUGCAGACUCCAGACAGGAAGGUCGGAGUUGAGAUUCAAACACAGGAUCCCAGAACUGUGAAUCAGAUAUCCUAAUCAUUAGUUCAGAAAAGCACAUGAAUCUGUUUUUUUUUCUUUUUUCUUUCUUUAAUUUGGCAUACUUCGUAGGGGUAUGUUCCGGCACUUCGCAUAUUUGCCAAAGAUAAUGAAUUAUCUGUUAAGUCAGGUUAACAAAUCACAAAUAGCUGCCCAUUUUGGGUGUGUGAUGUUCAUUUAAAGUAUUCUUGUUUUUUUUUUUACCAUGUUGGCUGCUAACAAACUCUUUCAGGGAUGUUUAACAAAAUUACAAAGUCUGUGAAAGAGAACAAGCACAGAGCUCAGUUUAUCUGCAGUACUCAAAGGUCAAAUCAGAUGCCACAUUGCUUCAGUCAGUCUAUCGAUGGCCUUUCCUGCCAUAACCAUUAAGAUUCCCUGGUCUGUAUGGCUGUCAUAUCAUAUACUGUAUUCUACAUGCACAGCAUAAAUGAUAUUGUUUGAGAAGUCUUCAAAAGUAUCUGUUUGCUGCUGCAAAAGCACAAUGUGAGUUUAUGUAAGUUUAUACUGUGUAUUCCUGACAGCAAAACAACAACUACAAAAAAAAAUGCUAAUGCGCUUCGGUUUCGUUGCAGUCAGUGUCAUUUUGGACAAACUGGUUGUGGUUUUGCUACUUUAGCUGGCAGGCUUUUCUAGUUUGUGCCCCCCCCCCCCCCCCCCCCCCCCCCACUCAGUAUGGAAAUGUUGGAUUUGCAUUUGCAGAUCAUUGCUGUAAUGCCAGGUAAAAACUUCCAAUGUAAAGGCUUUGGAAUGUGCUAACUCAUUAGGUGUUGGGUAAUGUUAAUCGGUCCAAACAAAUGCUACGAAUAAAAUUGGUUUGGGAAAAUAUUUGGGUUUUGUGACUUUUUUUUCUUAUUGCGCCAAUGUAAAAAAAAAAAAAAAAAGUAGGCUUGUUCUGCCAUCUA